AUGUGGUCGUACACUGGCAUAUUUUGCCUUUCGAUCCUUGUUGAAAUUACAAAAGAAUAUUCGUGUUAUCGCAAAAUUGAUAACGACUUAGAAGAUUUAAAUUAUUCGGAAAAAGAGCAAGAAAGAUCAUUUCGUCAACUAUCCUCGACUUCUGAAACGCCAACAUUUUCUGAAAAUAAUGUUUCAAGAAAUGAAAUAUCCAUAAAUGGUUCUCAUAAUCGGAAUUAUAAUGAGGCAAUGUCAAAAAAUCAGUUUUCACCGUUAUUUCGACAAAAACCUACUUAUAGAAGUUCUAUAUUUUCUCCACCUUCUCAUGAGCCGAAAUAA